UUGGAGAAAUACCACCGACUUGGUAGUAAAAAUCGUCUGGUGUUCGCCCCUGGAUCUGGUAUCAGUGCGGCGUACGUCAGAGUCGGUGGUGCCAUCAGACGGCUUGUACCAGCGGCCCUUAGUAGUCACAGUGGUGGCGGCCGCGGUAGAGAGGGAACUUCUGAAACCAGCCCAGGGGCCUAGAAACCGAGGAGAGGCCUAAGGGCGCGCCUAAGACCACCCAAAGGCCCAGAAUCCGAGGAGAGGGCGCAGAGGAGGCUCCGAGGCCCUGCAGAGGCAUUCAAACCUCCCGCCGCGACGUAUCGAUUGGACACCCUCUAGUGGCAGAGAGAAGAACUAGGCAACACAACUGUCAAAAUGUCUCUCAAGGAGCUAGUCGGGAGAAAGAUUAUGAAUGAGGUGAUACGGUCGAAAAAGAAAUCGGCCCACCCGGACUGGCGGGUGUUGGUGGUCGACCAGCUGGCCAUGAGGAUGGUUUCGACGUGCCUUAAAAUGCACGACAUUGCAGCUGAGGGCAUCACCAUUGUGGAAGACAUCCAGAAGAGUCGGGAGCCUCUGCCAGCUCUGGAAUCUGUUUAUCUUAUCCAGCCCACCAAGUCAUCAAUAUCAGGCCUAGAACAAGACUUCAUCACGGCUAACAAAGCAAAGUACAAAGCUUGUCAUGUUUACUUCACGGAAAGUUGUGCAAAUGAUCAGUUCAAUGAACUGUGCAAACAGCAUGUGGCCAAGUACAUCAAGACUCUCAAGGAAAUCAACAUUGCCUUCCUGCCAUAUGAAAGUCAGGUGUUUUCAUUGGACUUCCCAAAGGCAUUCCCAAAUUACUACAGCCCUGCACAAGCACAGUCUCGGUCAAGUACACUAGAAAGGAUGGCUGAACAGAUUGCAACACUCUGCUCUUGCCUAGGAGAAUAUCCAGCUGUCAGAUAUCGAGGUGAAUUUGAGCGCAAUGUUGAGCUGGCUCAGCUGCUGCAGCAAAGGCUAGAUGGCUACAAGGCUGAUGAACCCUCUAUGGGUGAAGGACCUGAGAAAGCACCUCACAGUCUCAUCCUGAUGGGAUUUGAUUGUAUUCUCCACCUUCAUGAGCUUUCUACACAAGCAAUGGCAUAUGAUUUGUUGGAUAUCAAGAAUGAUGUGUACAAGUAUGAGGCCACUCAAGGAGAAAGUGAAAAGGAAGUUCUACUUGAUGAGAAUGAUGACCUCUGGGUUGACCUGCGUCAUCAGCAUAUUGCUGUUGUCUCACAGAAUGUGACCAAGAAGAUGAAAGAGUUCAUGGCCACCAAGCGUAACAUGGGCACAGACAAAUCCUCCAUGAAGGACUUGUCACAAAUGAUCAAGAAAAUGCCCCAGUAUCAGAAAGAGCUCUCCAAGUACUCCACUCAUCUCAACUUGGCUGAGAAUUGCAUGAAGAAAUACCAGGGUUAUGUUGAUAAGCUGUGCAAGGUAGAACAGGAUCUUGCCAUGGGAACUGAUGCAGAAGGUGAAAUGGUAUCUCCAAUGAAAAUCUGGAGAAGUUGCUUCAACAUGCUCAAAUAUCCUCCUCAGAAAAGGCUACCAUUAACAACCUGGCACACCUUGGUGUUAAUGUUGUUGUAGAGAUGUCCCGAUGGACACCCACAAUCAAGGACAUCAUGGAGGACUGCAUUGAUGGCAAGCUGGAGGAGAAACAUUUCCCUUACCUUGCCGGACGCUCAGCUGCCAUGCCCCAGAACUGCGCCCAUCCAGGUAAUGUGAGAUACAACUGGCACAAAGACAGGAGUGCUACUGCUCAGAAAAACAUGCCUCGGUUGUUGGUGUUUGUUGUGGGUGGUAUGACUUACUCGGAAAUGCGCGCUGCUUAUGAAGUUACAAAGUCUGGAAAGAACUGGGAGGUUAUCAUUGGUUCAACUCAUAUCUUGACGCCAAGUGACUUCUUAAGUGAGCUCCGUAAUUUGAGCUGAAGCACGUGACCCCCCCAUGACCCGGCCUCUCCUUCCUCCACUUCCUCCUCCUCCUCCUCGUCUCCUUCUGACUCCCCACUUCCCAAAAUCCCCCCUCCUCCCCCUCCUCCCUCACCUUGUUCGCCCCGCUCCCCACCUUCCACCGCCACCCCGACACCUGACCCCUCUCCCCUCUCUCCAUCCAUCCCCAUCAUUGAUCUCAUGCUUGCUCUGCUUCCUGUCUGAUGCAAAGUAUUUGAGGCACGAUUCGAGAUGUACGUCUUCCACGAGUAGAGUCAAUGAUUGCCUGUUUUCUUAUGCAAAACUGGAGUGUGUUGUUAUUGAUGAACUCAGGAGAGGUUUCGAGAAUCGUUGCUGAUGGGACUGGCAGCACUGCAUCCUGUCAGGGCAUGAAAUCUUCUGCUGAUUUCAAGAGAUUGUAAUUGAUUGUAGUUAUUCAAAACAUCUCAAAUUUGCAAGUUGUGCAGUAAUCUCUUACAUAUUGGAAAGUCUGUUUGAACCAUCAGUAUUUUGAUUCUAUCAUAUGAGUUGCAGGAUGCAGCAGUUAAUGCUCCCCAAAUUCUUUGUAAUGUAAUAUUUCAAUUCUCUGUGUAUUUUAAACAUUUAACAGUUUCAAAUGUCAUAGUAUAGUGCUAGCGCAUCCCUUAUACCUUCAUAUGUGUCAGAGUUAGCUAGUUUGAACACAAGGUGAUAAAGCUGUAAGGCUACAGAGAGCCAAGCAAGCUGAUGUAAGGAUAAGCCAAAGGUGCAUAUAGCUAACAUGGCACAUGCUAGCUACAGUGCACUGCUAAGUCAAGCUUUUCUAGCCCUUUUCUUGGACUUUACACUGAUUUCUAUGUGAUAGAAUAACUGAAAUGUGAAUACUCAUAACAAUGUAAGCAGUGCCUUUCAAAAACUUCUUAUUCUUAUUGUCUAUCAAAUUUUCUUCUAUGUCAGCUUUGGAAUAGGUGUUUAUUGGCUCCUUGUUUU